CACCCCUUAGGCAGGGGAGAGGAGGGCCCUUUAGCACACAAGGCCUGGCCAUCCCUCCAGCACACUGGCCCCCCAUGGAAGAGUUGGUCUGUGCAUUCUCUGAGCUGCGAAUAAGAGAAGGUGCCAGGCUGCAGGGAAGAGUGGCCAAAGAAAUGCUCUCCUUUCCCAAUGCAGUGAGCUGGGCUGGAGGACACCCCAGCGACCCCCACACACCACCCAACAUCUACGAGGGGGGGCUGGGAGUUCAGCAGGAGCAGUGCCCCAGUGUCCAGGGAAGCAAACCCAAGAAUUUCCUGCUACGCCACCUCCGGAGCCUGGCUCUCUACCUGCCAGGCCACAUGCAGCCCGCCAGCCAGAGUGAGAGCCACUUACAGGGCCGGCUCCUGGUCAGAAACUGCCUGUCACAGCCUGAGGACUCAAUCUUGUCCCUGGAGCUGCCACAGGGGACUCUGGGUCCAGGUAACAGCCCCUGCUCCGCCUUUUUGGAAGCCACACUGCCCAGGGACAGCCUGGGAAAUACAGCUUCCAGCUCCAGCAUGGACCCAACAAAAAGUGUCCCCUCCCAGCCCGAUUCUCAUGAGGCCUUGGGGCUCCGACCCAAGAGGUCCUGGGGGACCCUGGAGGAGGUCAUGUGUCCCUUGUGCAAGAGAACCCGCUCUGGGACCUUGGAGAGGUCAUAG